CCGCGGGGUUGGAGCGGGCGCGGGGGCGCGCGCCGGCCUGACGGACCGACGGACGAACGGACGGACCGAGCAGCCCCGGCGAGCGCGCAGCUCGGACCCGCCCGGACGCAGCGCCCGCCCGGCGGCGGCGGCGAUCACCGGCGCCUGGCCGGCGGCCGCGGCGCCCGCCCUCGCCCGCGCGCCCCAUGGGGUCACAGAGUCUGUAGAUGAGGCGACACCAGAGCUUCCAAAUGAACGACCGGAAGGAAGAUAUGGAAAUCGCGUCCCACUACCGGCACCUGCUGCGGGAGCUCAAUGAGCAGAGGCAGCACGGCGUCCUGUGUGACGUCUGCGUGGUCGUAGAGGGCAAGGUUUUCAAGGCACACAAGAACGUCCUGCUGGGCAGCAGCCGCUACUUCAAGACGCUCUACUGUCAGGUGCAGAAGACGUCGGAGCAGGCCACGGUCACGCACCUAGACAUCGUCACGGCGCAGGGCUUCAAGGCCAUCAUUGACUUCAUGUACUCUGCACACCUGGCACUCACCAGCAGGAACGUCAUCGAGGUCAUGUCCGCCGCCAGCUUCCUGCAGAUGACAGACAUCGUGCAAGCGUGCCAUGACUUCAUCAAGGCUGCGCUGGACAUCAGCAUCAAGUCCGACGCUUCGGAUGAGCUUGCAGAGUUUGAGAUCGGUGCCUCGUCCAGCAGCAGCACGGAAGCGCUCAUCUCGGCCGUGAUGGCCGGAAGGAGCAUCUCCCCAUGGCUGGCACGGCGAACAAGUCCUGCCAAUUCUUCUGGAGACUCGGCCAUCGCCAGCUGUCAUGACGGAGGGAGCAGCUACGGGAAGGAGGACCAGGAGCCCAAGGCCGACGGCCCUGACAAUGUUUCCUCGCAGUCCCUGUGGCCUGGAGACGUGGGCUACGGGCCUCUGCGCAUCAAGGAAGAGCAGAUCUCCCCACCUCAGUAUGGAGGGAGUGAGCUGCCUUCUGCCAAGGACAGCGUGGUGCAGAACUCCUUCUCGGAGCAGAGUGCUGGCGAUGGCUGGCAGCCUACAGGCCGCAGGAAGAAUCGGAAGAACAAAGAGACUGUCCGACACAUCACGCAGCAGGUGGAGGAUGACAGCCGGACCAGCUCCCCAGUGCCGUCCUUCCUGGCGACGUCAGGGUGGCCGCUCAGCAGCCGAGACUCAAAUACAGACCUGACCGUCACCGAAGCCAGCAGCUCCGACAGCCGAGGAGAGAGGCCGGAGCUCUAUGCACAGGUUGAGGAGGGUCUCCUGGGAGGAGAAGCUAGCUAUCUGGGCCCUCCCCUCACCCCAGAGAAGGAUGACGCUCUGCACCAGGCCACAGCGGUGGCCAACCUGCGCGCAGCGCUCAUGAGUAAGAACAGCCUGCUGUCGCUCAAGGCGGAUGUGCUGGGGGACGACGGCUCGCUGCUGUUCGAGUACCUGCCCCGAGGGGCUCACUCACUGUCCCUGAAUGAGUUCACAGUGAUCAGGAAGAAGUUCAAGUGCCCGUAUUGCAGCUUCUCAGCCAUGCACCAGUGCAUCCUCAAGCGCCACAUGAGGUCACACACCGGGGAGCGGCCCUACCCCUGUGAGAUCUGCGGGAAGAAGUUCACACGGCGUGAGCACAUGAAGCGGCACACACUGGUUCACAGCAAGGACAAGAAGUACGUGUGCAAGGUGUGCAGCAGAGUGUUCAUGUCUGCCGCUAGCGUGGGCAUCCGGCACGGCUCCCGGCGCCACGGUGUGUGUGCCGACUGUGCCGGCCAAGGCAUGGCCGGGCCACUGGACCACGGCGGUGGGGGCGGCGAGGGCUCCCCAGAGGCGCUGUUCCCAGCCGACGGGCCAUACCUGGAGGACCCCGAUGACCCACGAGGGGAGGUGGAGGAGCUGGGUGAGGAUGACGAGGGCCUGGCCCCCGAGGAUGCACUGCUGGCAGACGACAAAGAUGACGAGGACUCGCCUCAGCCCCGCAGCCCCCCCGGGGGCCCCGACAAGGACUUCGCCUGGCUCUCCUAGGCCCGCCGCCCACAGGGCUGGUGGCUGCAUCGCUUCGUCCACCUGUGUGUGUCCGGUGGGUCUCCACUUCGGGGCCGGGGCCACGCCAACCCCUCCCUCGGCCCUUCCUCCGAUUCUCCCUGAACCCACCCCCCAUGAAACCAGCCCUGUGGGCUAAGAAGCAGGUUCGCCCCCAGCGAGCGGCGCUCGGGGACCAGACACAAAGUGAGCUGGGGGUGGGCACAGGACGGGUUUGAGUGAAGGGAGAGUGUGGUCCUAAGUCCCCAGCAGGUGGUGUGGGUGUGUGAGUGGCCCCCAUGAUGGCCAGCUUAGCUUGGACACGUGACAGCCCUGUCACCAGGUCCAGUGGGCACUGGGCAGGGUCAUGCAUUGGGACCAGCAGUCCCCAGCCUGAGCAGGUGCGACAGUUUUGCAGACACCCGGUCAGUCCCGCUGGAGCCCGCCCUCCCCUCCCCCAGCAGCCAGGUCACUGCCUGUGGCUGCAGCCGUGGCCCGUGGCAGCCUGUAGAAUCCAGGUGCGGUGCACAGAGAGUGCUGCCACCCUCUUACCUCUGGGCUUUGGUGCUUAUCACACAACACGGCUGCAGAGCUCUGCUGGAGGCCAAGGCUCCAGGUGCUAUCUUCAGUGGACGCAGCCCUGGGGGCUCCUUCCAGGAGGGGACCCUCCACCCAGUGCCCCCGCCUUCGUCACACCAGGUUCCCUUUGUGAGGGCCUCACCUCAGUCGUGUGCACUUCAUUGGAGAGCCUUGGGCUGCUGUGUCCACCCUGGGCUCUUCCCGUCCUGUUCUGUCCAUGGCCUAGCCUGGCCAGUCCUGCUGACCCCUCCUGGACAGGCUGGAGCCAGGCUCCUGCCUUUGCUGCUAACACCGGAGGCAGUGUUCCUAACUGCCGUGUGCUGCUUCCACCCCACCCCUGACGUGGGUCACCGGAUUCUUUAGUCAGAGACAUAUCGAGGUAGUUGCAUAAAAUUGUUUGGUUUGGCAUGAUUUUUCUCACUCAACAAAACUAUAUAGGGUUGCUUUUCCUUUAGCUUGUGGUCAAGUCCUCUUGCUGUGUUUUCUUUUUUCUUUUUUUUUUUUGAGACGGAGUCUCGCACUGUCGCCCAGGCUAUAGUGCAGUGACACGAUCUCGGCUCACUGCAAUCUCUGCCUCCCAGGUUCAAGUGAUUCUCCUGCCUCAGCCUCCUGAGUAGCUGGGACUACAGGCGAGCACCACGACACCCAGCUAAUUUUUUUGUACUUUUAGUGAAGACGGGGUUUCAUCACGUUGGCCAGGAUGGUCUCGAUCUCCUGACCUCAUUAUCCGCCCACCUCACCCUCCCAAAGUGCUGGGAUUACAGGCGUGAGCCACCCCAGCCUUUGCUUUGUUUUCAAAAGUGCUCAUUUCUUUUCCUGAGUGCAAAGCAAAGGUUCUGUGUGCCGUGGUGCACUGCCUGGCUUGGGGGUCCUGGAGGCUGCUGGCCACACUCACAGCUUCAGGAUGGUUGCUGCAGCCUGUCUUCUGGUUCCGGCUGUCUCUGACAGCACUCACCACUGGGACAGUCCGUCUCUCACCCCCUCCUCUGGCGCAGGCUUUGGAUGAGAGGUGGGUGUGGUGGCCUUCUCCUCCCCUCAUGACCUGCCCGUGCGAGGAGACCUGGGAGUGCUGAGCUUCGGGGCUGCAUGGAAAGAGUUUUUAUCUUCUCUUUUUCCAGCUUAACACAGUGGCUUUUACCCACAUUGUCAGGAGUACCAGCUUCCCUGCUCCAGGAGGGCUGGGCUGGCCGGGGGUCCUGUGGAGAGAGGGGUGCCCAGAGGACUCCAGGUACCUGGCAGGAGUCACGGCUUUUGUUGUUUUUAACAUCCAGUUCUACCAAUGACAGGGCGCCCUGGCUGGAGCUGUCAUCAUAUACACCCUCGGCUGGGAGGCUGUGGGCUCCUGAAGCUGGAGAAGGAGGCUAAGAUUUUUCUGUACACAGAGUGUGGGGAUAGGAGCUGGGGCAGGCACUGGCCCCUCAGCAGUGAGCCCUGCCCACUCUUACCAGUGAGGUGGGCGGCUCUGUCAUGAGGCCCCCGGGGGACAGCAGAGCUUCCGCCCUCACCCCAGGCCAGCCUUGCCCAGGCCUCUUUGAGAAGUCCCAGAACUUUGUACCUUUCUCCUGAUUUUUAAACCCCUUUUCUAGACAGACUUUCUUAUAAAAUGCGUUUGGAAACCAGACCUUUGCUACCAACAGAUGUCUCUGGGUUUUGUACCAGUCCCCUGCUCUCAGGCCACCCUGCCCAGCACCUGGGCCCGCCUCCCCCUCCACACUCAGGAUGUCCUGCUCCGUCUGGACUGCUCACUCCACGUGGCCUGCCUUUGCUGACCGCUUUGGGGUUCCCUGUCGUAGCCACAGGGGCAUUUUCUUCCCUAAAACCAACACUGUCCCACUGACCCCCCCAAGCGUUGGCUGCGUGGCAGAGCUCUUGUUCUUAGUGUGCCCACUGACGAGUGGGAGCUCCAGGCCCCAGGCGAACACAUCCAUCUCUCAGGAGGUGUGGAGGGAAAAGACGUAUGUAAUGAAGGGUUUUUUUUUAUGUGACUGAUUUUUUUUUUAAAUCGAUGUUCAAACUAAUAAAUAUUUUUUAUGAAGAGGAAAAAAUGUGUAGAUUACAUUUCACAUUUUGUAUUUCUUUUUUGUUUGUGUCUGUUUGUAUUUUGGUGUUUGCAACACCAAAGUGGAAGCUACAGUCCAUUGGGGGUGGUGUGAUUUGGGGGCGGGGAGGGGGGCAGGGACAUCAUGACUGUUCUAUCCUGAGCAGGUUGUACAUUGGGGCACUCUGGGCUUUGGGAAACAGGACCCUGCCAGGGCUCCAUAGGGACCCAACUCGGAAGACGCAGCUUCCCGCUUCCAACUUUGCACAUCUUCCUCUUUAGAAAACUGAGAAUGCAGAAACUGGAACUUUUUGCAUUAUAAAAAAAUCUUAUUUUAGCUCAUUCUGUGACAUGUGCAACUCUUAAGAAAGCCAUACUUAAUGGUGGUGUUUAUUUUUUAAAUCUUCUAUUGUGUUUUGUAUGCAGCCCUGUUAGAACUAUUUGUAGUGAGGGUGCUGUGUGUGCUUUUCUUAAAUAUUUAUUUUUUCAAUAUGCUUUCAACCUGUCAAGAACAAAACACAAAAAGGCAGUGUUUGAAGAUUAUUGAUUUUUUCUGGGGAUAUUAUACUGACUUUAUAUUACUUACUAUAAACCUGUGUUUGUAUUGGAGAUAUGUCUAAUAUUGGGGGAAGAGGCUUUUGUGAUCGGUCGGUGGGAAAUCACGGCUCUGCGCCUGAGGACAGGUUAAUGUGACCUUCUCUUCCAUGAGCCUCCAAGUUUCUUGUCUGCCUCGGCAUGCCCCCGGCCUGCCUGUGCGUUUCCUUUCUGUGACGGGAUUAGCUUAGACAUUCUUGCAAAGCGAUCACUUUCAAUAAACUGGGAAAUUGCUGCUCCAA